AUGAUGUUCCAACAGUUGACCAGAGUUGCCGCCAGGAGGGCGUUUUCUGCCUCCACCAGACAAUCCGCCGUGCAUUUCAAGGAGGGUGUGUACACCAACAUCCCAGUCAAGGUCCACAACAGAAAGAUCCCAUUUGCUCUAAUCCACUUUGGGUUCUUCACCUUGGGGUUCUUGGUGCCAUUUUUCUCGUCAUACGUCCAGUUGAAGAAGUCUGGUGUGUUGUAA